UCUCUCUCUCUCUGCGAACCGACACAACCACAAAUCAAACUCACCCAGCGAACGGCGGAGAGAGAAAAGACGAUGAGAGACAGAGGGGUGUACGCGGACAGAGAGCCCCUACGACGCCAGUGGGCUGCAAUGGAGAACGUUCAGUAGGGGAGACAACCGCCGUGGUGGUGCGAAAUGCUCCCUCUGUUUCCCGCAGAGGAGGGAUAUGACAAGACAUCUGAACAGGACGGGAGAUGAGAGUCACCCUCUUCAUCCUGUUCUCUCAAACAGUCCGCCUGUGAGCCGCGGGGCUUCGGGGGUGUACGGGACACGGGGCGCACAGCUCUCAGCCGCUUCACUUUAACUGUGGAUUGAAAAAAAAAAUCUCUCUGUAUCUUAUUUAAAUCUGCGGGAGCUCUUUGGAUCUCCGAAGGGAAAGGUGAUCUUCACCAUGAGGGCUGUUUCAGCAAACUUGUUCGCUCUGCUCUUCCUGUGCGCCCUUGCAAGUGUUUUCUACGUCUGGAGCGCACUGGAGAACCGUUUGGAGCGACACAAGCGGAGGUACUCGGUGCCCGGGGGAGGGUCUUUUCACCAGGGUCUCCCGGCGGACCUCUCCGCCAAAACUUUCCGGGCGUUGCUCGCCGUCCCAGCGGCACAAAGACCGCACUUGGGGGGCAGACUUGGGGCUCCCAACCACACCGAUCAAACCGUCUCUGCAGGAAAUCGAGAUUACCAUGUGAAUGGGGAUAACAAGAGGUCAGCGCGGCGGGAGGGCCCGGUCAAGUUGGGCUCCCCAGUGGAGGAUGGGAUAUUUUGGAAUGAAUGGUUGGAAGAUCUCCUACCCGUGGGCUUCACGGAGGAAUAUGCUCGGGAUUGGCGAGAGAGGGCCAGGACGUACCGGAUAGUGAAGCUUGAGGCUGGAUGCGGCAGGAUAUCCAACCAGCUCGCCACUUUUGCAGAUGGGACCAAAGCGUGUGUGCGUUACGGGAUAAACGCGGAUCAGGUGCAAGGAGAAACUUUGACGUAUUACCUUGCCAGUUUGCUGGGCAUCACAAACGUGCCUCCUCUAGCGCUUUCCCAGCUCAACAGUGACAGUGAACAAUGGGCGGCUGUGAGGACGCGAAUAGAUGGUUUACAGUGGAGUGACCGAGCCGUGGUUUCUCUCACUGAGUGGGUCUCCAACCUGACCGGGGUGGUCACACCUGCGCCGCUCAGACAGGAGAGCAGCGGGCUGCAUCCUGUGCUUGAGGAUCUCUGGAACAAGACCACGGCGGAGCUGCUGGAGCUGAUGCAGUGGACAGACCUGAUCAUUUUCGACUACCUGACUGCAAACUUCGACCGACUCGUCAGCAAUCUGUUCAGCCUGCAGUGGGACUCGCGCGUAAUGGAGAGGGACACCAAUAACCUCCUCAAAACACCCCACGGUGACCUUGUAUUCAUCGACAACGAGGCCGGACUCGUGCACGGCUUUCGGGUCUUGAACAUGUGGGAGAAAUAUCACAAUACGGUGCUAAGCUCCGUGUGUGUGUUCAGAAAAAGGACCACGCAGCGCGUGGCGGAGCUGCACAGGCGCAGAGACUCACGGAAAAGGCUGCUGGAGCUCUACAGAGACAGCGAGCCUUUGUCUCUGGAAUUAGGAUUUCUCUCAGACGAGCACGCUGGUGUUCUCCAGGACAGGAUAGACAGAUUAUACAAACAUAUUUUGCAUUGCAAAGGCAAGUACAGCCAGCUGUGAACAUUCAGCAGGCACAGGUGAUGGAUUUGUUGUCUGCACAGUAUAAUGAGCUCUGCAAACACACCUGUGCUAAACUGAUGCGCAUUAGCUACAGAAAACUGUCUUGAAUAUCCAGCUGAACUACCUCUUGUGAAUAGAAUGUGUUGCCUACUUUAUGAAUAACUAAAUUUGACACGUUUAUAAGCUCCCUGCACAGAUUUUCACUGUAUGCCUCACAGAGAGGAAUGAUUAAGGCCAGUUUAUCCUGUCUUACUUCACUCCACUGAUGCUCACCUGAAUAGGAAUCAAUGUAAAGAGUAGGCUAUACUUGUGACUAGGGUAUCAUAAUGCAGCCCUUCAUGUGCGUGUUUGGAUUCUUGCCUUGUGUUCAGUAAUCCUAAUGAUAAACUCCUAAGCCUUAACAUAAGUUAACUCUUGAAUACUGUAUUUCUGUUGACAUCUGGCUCGCUUUUUAUAGAGAAUCGUUUGCACAGUACAUUGUCAUAGCAGCACCUGCACUCUUGUAAUUGUGUUUGGAUUGAAUAUUCAGCCUUAAAGUCACAGGUGUAUCAUGUCCAUUGUACAUGUUGUAAGUAUGUUGUAAAUAUUGUCUGCCAAACUGUUUUGGAUAUUUGAUGCUCCACUAAUUUAAUGUGCAUUGUAACAUUCCAAAAUCUCUUGUCUUUUUUGAUAAAUGCACUGUAAUUUAAUUUAA